UUACUGCACUCCUCAUCCCACUUCAAUCUCAGUGUCUCAGCUUCUCCUUCCAGGAGAAAUGUGGAGUGUGUGGGCGAGUCGGAUCUGCAAUUAACGCCGGUUGUCAGAGAGAGAAUGCUGGCGUUUACACGAUGCCUCUGAAUCACUGAGUGAAAGUCUUUCUCCUCCACUCUCCUCCUCCCAGGACAUUUUCUCUAUUUAUUUUUUCCUUCCAAGGAGGACAAAAACACCAGAAAGCAGUAAGCCAAGGAUGUAUUCAAUGAAAAAUAUGAGCUAGAGGAUGAACAGUCUUGGUUCAAUAAAGAGGACAGUGUGUCUUUGAUUGUUCGAUUGUGGUGUGGUCUGUCGAAGAGUGAGUGAAGACAGAAGAGGGAAGAGCGAGCGUAUACAAGAAGAAGCGGCUGUUGCACGAUGUGCUAGGAGAGCGGGGAGGAAGAAAUCGUUUUGUUGUUUUUCUGAUAUUGUCGAGGUGUCAGAGAGACCGGAAAGGACGCAGCCAUGGGGCGGAAGAAGAUACAGAUCACCAGGAUCAUGGACGAGAGGAACAGGCAGGUUACCUUCACAAAGAGGAAGUUUGGUCUGAUGAAAAAGGCCUACGAGCUGAGCGUACUAUGUGACUGUGAGAUAGCCCUCAUCAUUUUCAACAGCUCUAACAAACUGUUCCAGUACGCCAGCACAGACAUGGACAAAGUGUUACUGAAAUACACAGAGUACAACGAACCCCAUGAGAGCAGAACCAACUCGGACAUCGUAGAGGCGCUAAACAAGAAAGAACACAGAGGUUGUGAUAGCCCGGACCCUGAUGCCUCAUAUGUCCUCACUCCUCACACAGAAGAAAAGUAUAAAAAAAUUAAUGAGGAGUUUGAUAAUAUGAUGAGAAAUCAUAAAAUCCCCACAGCAUUGCCUCAGCAGAACUUCUCCAUGCAUGUGGCAGUGCCUGUGUCCAAUCCUAAUGCCAUGUACCAGCCAGGAGGGACUCUGGGUAGCCAGGCCCUGGCAGCGGCCACCGCCUCCCUGAGUGACAGUGGGAUGCUGUCCCCUCCACAGGCCUCUCUGCACAGGAAUGUGGGCUCGAGUGGAGGCCCCCAGAGGCCCACCAGUGCAGGCAGUGCAGGUGGCAUGCUGGAUACCACAGACCUUUCAGUGCCAAGUGGUGUGGGCUCCAGCCCAGCGGGGAACGGUUUCGUUAACCCAAGGGGCUCUCCGGGCGUCCUCAGCACACCCAGCGGCAAUGGCCUGGGUAAAGUCAUGCCCACCAAGUCUCCACCACCCCCUGGAGGGAACAUGGGAAUGGGAAGCCGCAAGCCAGACCUGAGGGUUGUUAUCCCUCCAUCUAGCAAAGGGAUGAUGCCCCCGCUGUCGGAGGAGGAGGAAAUGGAUUUGAACACUCAGAGGAUAAGCAGCUCCCAGUCCACCCAGCCGCUGGCCACUCCAGUAGUGUCUGUCACCACCCCCAGCUUACCCCCACAGGGCCUGGUCUACUCAGGCAUGCCCACCUCCUACAACCCUGCUGAGUUCUCCCUGAGCAGUGCAGAGAUCUCUUCCCUACAGGGCUUCAGCUCUCCCGGGCUCGCACUGGGCUCCAUGUCGGCAUGGCAACAGCAUCAACUAGGCCAGGCAGCUCUUAAUUCUUUGGUUGGUGGAGGUCACCUACCUCAGGGCUCCAACCUCUCAAUCAACACCAGCCAGAGCAUAAACAUCAAGUCGGAGCCCAAUUCGCCGCCGCGGGAGCGUGUCACCCCCUCCGGCUUCGCCCCUCAGCAGCUGCAGCAAGGGUCCAGCCGACAGGAAGUCCUGGGACGUUCACCUGCCGACAGCCUCAGCUCCUCCUGUAGCUCGUAUGACGGCAGCGACCGCGAAGACCACCGGCCAGACUUCCACUCCCCGCUGGGACUGGGCAGACCCCCCGCCGGCUCAGAGGAGAGGGAGAGCCCUUCGGUCAAGCGCUUGCGCAUGGACACAUGGGUGACAUAAAGAGCCCGUGCCAGGCCUCCAGUCACCAGCCAGUCAGAGAGAGCGGGAGGGGUUAGACAUGGAGAUAACAGAAAGAGCAAGGGUCCUUAGAGCUAUCAUUAUGAUACUAUUAUUCAACUCCAUUUCAAUUUGUAAGACUGAGCGGAAGAUGUGUUUUAAGACGUGUCAGGACAUAUCUAAAAGUAAAAAUUCUCAAACUGAUACAGUAAGAUUUCAAAAAAAAAAAAAAAAAAUCUCGGUUAGCUGGACUGAAUUUAAGUGCACAAGCAGAUGGUAUCAGGUACUUGGUGCAAUUCAGAUGGCGUUUGCAGAGGAGAGAAAUUGUUAAAGAGUAGGCGGUAGGUUAUUGUAGUCACUGGUCUAGUCAGACACUUACAUGUAGUUGCUGUAUUGCUGUUGUGCUCGCAAAGUUGCAAACAAUCAGAGGAAGUUGUGUCGCUUUUUCCGGCUGAGGACCCUUACAUACGACGUUUCACCGCAAGAACGAUCUUUUUUUAAAAAAAAAAAAAAGAAAGAAAUCAUGCUGUAACCACACAAGACCUUUAUCUCGGGUGGCCUCUUCUAAUUUAAUCGAUCCAGGCCAUCAGGAGACACACGGAGUCAAUUGGUAGGAGUUUUUUGAUCACACAGUAACUAACUGCAGCAGCUGAGACUACUUUAGCGAACACAUGAAACAAUACUGUCGGAGCUAAAAAAAAAAAAACACGAAAUAGCAACAGAAUUUAUCGCAAUAAUGACAUACUAUUCAUUUUAUAAUUUAAAAAAAGAGUAGGAUAUAUAAAUGUGCAAUUAAGAUAAUGCGAACCUGUCCAGUUGAACUGGUGAGAAAAAUCAAACGUGUUCACAUUUGUGCAACAGUUCAUCAGUAAUAUAAGCCAAAGCUGUUCUUUUGUGUUGUUUUGUACAGUUGCUACGGUUUCCUAACAACUCACUCAAAGGCGCCAUCUCUUUCGGUCAUAGUUUUAUUUUUUAUCGUGCUGUAUUGGUCAUGUAAAAGCAGAUCUUGAAUCGAUAUCUAAAGCCAUGAACAUUUUGCCGUUCUGUUUGUAUAAUUGAAAAAAAGAAAAAAAAAAAAUUGAGCCAAACGUUUUCUCUUUCGUUUUUCUGUUGUGUAAAUAACGACUUUAAUAUAUAUCGCCGGGGGUGUGAGUACAUGCUGAAUGUACUGUACGACCACCGUUUUCGAGGAAAAGUAUAUUUUUGUGGAUUACAGCCAAGUUUACAAGAGUAGACCCUUAAAAAAAAAAAGUAGAUCAUUCACUGGUCGAUAUUUGCUAUUUUGUUCCUUUCACUGUAAUCUCUUCUAAAUUGAACAUAACCUCCCGUGUGUCUUUAGUUCCAGGUGGUCAACUUGUUUUUUUUUUGUUUUUUUUUCCUCUCUUUAUUAGUGGUGACUGUUUGUCCUGAAGACAUUGUAACAACAAUGCUGUGAGGUUGAAGUUUCCACUAAUAUCACAAGAAUUGUGAAGGAUGACCACAAGGCUAGGGGAAAUGUUUUUUUUUUUUUCUGCCCUCCUAUUGUUAGCUCGUGUUAGUUGUAUACCAGCAGCUGCUGAAUACACUGCCAACAUUCAGAACCCAAGGUCCCAGCCCCACACAGAAAAAAAUAAUCCAUUGUUACCGCAUGUAGCUCAAAUUGAAAGACACGCCAUCUCUCAAGCCCUCUCCACUAUCCUGUUAUUGGUUCGUAAGAUUCAAGGAGAAGACAGAAAAAUGUGGUCGAAAGCGGCUGCUGUCCUUCGUGCAGGACUGAUCAUGCCAGUUGCCCGUAUGUGGUUGUAAAUAUUGCAGUCUACUUGAAAUGUCAUGUACAAAAAAAAAAAAUACUCAUGUGUUUCCUUAAUUGGACCCAGAAAUUGUAUCUUAUAUCGACGCCCUGUUACUAGUAAAGAGUCCUCUAGGUGUAGGAACCUUAGGAAAACCCAGAAAAGUGGAAAAAAAACCCUGAAGGCGAUGAAGUCACGUACGAGGGAGGCAGAAGGCAAAAAGACAAAAAAAAAAAAAUGGGGGGAGGAAAGGGGGCUGUGACUUGUUUUCUUUUCCCAUCAUCACGGAAGCAAAAUAAAUUACAGCAGCUAAUUCACAACAACCACCAACAACGGAAAAAUGUCAUCGACUUCAAUCUCACUGCUGGAUUGCACACAUUUGUACGAGAAACUUUGCUGUCACGAGAGAAAAAGGUAUCACUCUGCAUUCACCGCGACAUGCCGUAAGCUGCGUGCGCCUUCUGUUCUCUUGCCGCCCCCAUCGUCAGCUCCAUGGUAUUUCUCAGUAUAUAUAUAUAAAUAAUCUAUGCAGCUUCAGCCCCUAAUGAUGUCACUACAGGUCACACUUAGUCCACGAAGCAUGAGGGAAGAAGAGCAUCUGAGAGUCGACUGUUAGCCUCUUUAUCCUGAAGUGCCGCAGCUGGAGGUCGCUGGACUACGAGUCACAUAAUGAUAUAUUUUAUGAAAUGAUUAAUUUGGAUACUCCCCGGGGGCAGUCUCUUCAUGUUCAUAUACAUUUGGUAGACAUACUUUACAUAAUGUAUAGCAAUCCAUAAUGUAAUCCAGCCUAACGCCGCUGGUGAAAAUAGCAAUAAUAAAUGACUACAAUGGAAAAAAAAAGAAAAAAAAAAAAGCAGCCUGCCUUGCCCGUCUCGGCAGCACCACCUCGUAGUUGAGCACACACUUUAGCACUUGGUAACAUAUCAGGGAAUUUUUGUAGUUUUUCUCUAUCUACAGUAUAUGCACAGUUAGGAAAUGCCUUAUCCCAAAGAAAAAAAAACAUUUAAAAAACACUUUUUCUUCUAUUUUCUCUUGGUUAAAACACACACACACACACACACACACACACACACACACACACACAGACACACAGACACACACCCACACACACACAGACACAGACACAGACACACACACACAGACAUCACUCAAAGUUGACCAGACCUGCCUCGUUCUCAGAGAAGACUCACACAGCAACAACAACAACAACAACAAAAAAAAAAAAUUAAAAUGCGCGGUGAAUGCACUGUGAUACACUUUGUCUCGUUUUUUUUGGUCUUUGUUCCAAAUUGUGCACAACUGAUGAAUGUGAAAGGAAAGAGUAAAAUCAAGGAAACCUUUGUAGAGGACUUUCUUCACUUUGCUGUGUAAGAGUACACCGCUUUUUGCUUCAUGGCUUUUAUAAACAGAACUAUGUGUUUGGUAAGUGUUUGUAGUUGAUAGUUCACUUAACUAAAGAAAAAAGCUGUUUUCGGUUUGAGCGCUCGGACCGUUUGGCGGCACAAGCUGGACUUUGUUGCCAAUAAUGAAAUUAUUUGUUUUCAAAAGUCGAAAGAGGUUUUAAGUUAAUCUACAUUUUAUUUCCCUUGAAUGUGUUUAUUUUAUUUUCAUCAUACGAUAAAUAUUCAAGUGAACUUUUUAUUAAACAAUUAAGAUACUAUGCUAGAUAUUGUUGUACAAAAUUUGUAUUCUUCACAAAAGUACAAAUAUUGGCUUUUAAUGUGUAAUUUAGGUUAUCUCUCUUAUUCUGUAUAAAAUGAAGUAAACGACUCUUACAUAGAAUUUGUUCUCCUGUGAAGUCCCAAACAGUAGAAACUGUCAACUUUAUUAAACACCUCAGUGUAUGCUCAAUCUCAA